AUGCUUACAAUUACAGAACUCACGAGCAAUCCUGUGCCUGGAUUCACGGUCGCUUUGCAAGAUGACAGUAACGUAUUCGAGUGGGAUGUUGGUAUUAUCGGUGCUCCAAAUACGAUUUACGAAGGUGGCUAUUUCAAGGCUACACUCAAGUUUCCAAAUGAUUAUCCCUUCAAUCCGCCGACCUUCAAGUUCAACAAUGAAUUCUUUCAUCCCAAUGUCUACAUGGAUGGGCGACUCUGUAUAUCCAUUCUUCAUCCCCCCGGUGACGAUCCCACUAGUGGUGAAACAGCGGAGGUUAUGUAUCGCAAGGACCGAGACUCUUACAAUAAGAUUGUUCGAUCUCAAGUCGAAGCGUCCAAGAAAGACAUUCCCGAAGGGUUGAAGAUACCUACUAGCACUGAUGAUUUCGUCGUUCAGAAACGUCCGAGCGACGACGAGCAAGACGAAAAUUUCUGUAAUUCUGUGAAUUGUGAACCGACCCUUAGUAUCGUAGAUAAGUCGAUAGUUCUCCCCGAUGCUCUCGAUGGUGAUGACAUCUUUGAUGCAACAGUUGCGAAAGAAAGUUCAGUGACGGAAAAUCGUAAAAAAUUUAAAGGAGACAAAUCUCAUACCCAUGAAUCCAGCGGGGCGUUGCAUCAAAAUGUUUGUGACUUCCUUUCCGGUGAGGGCAUAUUUGAGACGAUUUCUCAAGAAGAUAACGAGAGGAAGACACUCGCCGAUUCAUUGAUCAAACUUGGAAUUGUCCAAGUGAUGGGGAAAAAGUUUUUAGGCAUCAAUCGGUUGCUUACUACUUUCAAAAGAUAUAUGGACAGAUGGCAGCGCAAAAGUGACGAGACUUAA